AUGCAACGACAACAGUCAAAGGACUCACUGAAUCAGCACAGCUCCGGAGCACAGAGAUCGCCCCCAAACCACUUCGAAGGUCGCAGAAGCAACGGCAAUGGCGAGAAACAUCAUGCAACCCCGCACCAUCAUAAAGCUGCCGACAGAUCUGAACGGGACUCUUCUACUCCUAAGGCGGCUGAGACCACUCCCACACUGGUCAACAGUGCUCCGUCUCUGCCACCGAAACCCAGCACGGUGGUAGAAGCACAUGUUCCAAAACUGGGGGACGAGAACACCGCCAAUGCCCCUCCUGUCUCCCCCAAGCUAUCCGAGAAGAAUAUCGGUCGCAUUGGCGGACACAAAGACCGAGACUGUGACGACAGGAGCUCCACCGCCAGACACGCAACUAAAUCCGAGUCGUCGGCGCAAGAUGAACAAGACGAACGCCCGUUCAAGAGGUUCCGCCGCGCCAGCCGAGACCGCUCGCGAAGCCCCAGCAGACGUCGAGACAGCUACGAUCUGCCCCCUCUGAAUCGUGGAAGGUCGCGUUCCCCGCAGCGGCGCCCAAGUCCUUCCCGCUCGCCCAGAUCGCGAAACUCAUCCGUCUCCAGCCGGUCGUCGGAUCUCAACUCGCUCGAGGCCGAGCUGCUGGGCGUCUCCGACCGCAGGCCCUCGACGGACUCGGAGCCGCGCCGCCGGCCGGAGAGGAUCGCGCCGCCGCCCAAGGCGAAGCGUCGCAAGCCGACCAACUCGGCAUUCAGUCGGCGAUGGUGA